UGACGUAUGACGCACGUUUUUGUUGUGGAGCGCGCCAAACACGUAGGCCACCAACAUCAAACCUAGGGUGCUCGAAAAUAAACUUAUUUACCUAGCUUUGAGCUAAGUAUAUAGCAAACAGGACACAUGUCUUCCUCAAGUAAAGUGCCGCUACAGAGCAGAAACUUACCAUGGGUUGAAAAAUACAGACCACAGAAGCUUGAUGAUCUGAUCUCACACAAAGAUAUUCUAAGCACCAUCCAGAAGUUUAUCAGUGAGGACAAGCUUCCCCAUCUCCUGUUCUAUGGCCCCCCUGGAACCGGAAAAACGUCCACCAUCCUCGCCUGUGCCAAGCAGCUGUACAAGGACAAAGAGUUCACCUCCAUGGUGUUGGAGCUGAACGCAUCAGAUGACAGAGGUAUUGAUGUUGUACGAGGACCUGUCCUGAGUUUUGCCAGCACCAGGACCAUCUUCAAGAAGGGCUUCAAGUUGGUGAUACUGGACGAGGCCGAUGCCAUGACCCAGGAUGCCCAGAAUGCAUUGCGGCGAGUGAUUGAGAAGUAUACAGAAAACACUCGGUUCUGUCUGAUCUGCAAUUACCUUUCCAAGAUCAUCCCGGCUCUGCAGUCUCGAUGCACCAGGUUUCGCUUCGGCCCGCUGUCCCCAGACCAGAUGAUCCCUCGACUAGAGUAUGUGGUCCAGCAGGAGAGUAUCGACAUUAAUCCAGGCGGAAUGAAGGCCAUUGUGACAUUAUCAUCAGGCGAUAUGAGAAGAUCGCUCAACAUACUGCAGAGCACCAGCAUGGCGUACGGGAAGGUGACGGAGGACACAGUGUACACUUGCACAGGUCACCCACUCCGCUCAGAUAUAGCCAACAUCCUCGACUGGUCCCUCAACAAAGACUUCACCUCAGCGUACAAGCAAAUACUUCAGCUGAAAACUUUGAAGGGUUUGGCCCUGCAUGAUAUUCUCACUGAGAUUCAUCUGCUCAUACACAGAGUGGAUUUUCCUCCAGCUAUUCGGAUUGGUCUGCUCAUCAAGUUGGCUGACAUUGAACACAGGCUCGCUUCAGGAACCAAUGAAAAGAUCCAGCUGAGCUCCAUGGUGGCAGCUUUCCAAGGCGUGAGAGACUUCGUGGUCAGCGAGGCCUCCUAGAUACAGUUACUGCUCUACCCCACAACAACAUGUUAUCUUUUAAAAGAAAGCCACUAGUGGAGACAAAUGUUUUCACCCAUUUGUUUUGUGGCUGCCAUCACGGAUCGGUACAUUUUUCAUGAUGGUUAAAUCGGUGGAAUCACAUUUUGGCUUAUUUAAAAAGAAAACAGAUGCCCUGAAGAGUCCACUGCAUGAUUGCCCACCAACGCUCCGUAGAGUUGAUGUACAGCGAAGAAACCAAACGCUCGCAGCCAUCUUAGUCACUCACAUCUGCAUACAAACUGAGCAAAAAAUGGAAGGCAGUCUUCAUAACUUCAGAAACCAAAAAUCCUUUGGGCGCUUAAAAUACGGACUUCGAAAACUUAAUUUAGUCUCUUGUGGCGAGCAACUCAGUAACACAUCAAAAAUAUGAAAUGUGUUUCAAGAUAUUAAAGAAAUGUGUAAAAAAAAAAAAAAGUUACACAUGACUGUAAUAAGAUGUCUUGGAAAUGUACAUGUGUUUGAAUCUGUUUAAUAAAACUAUUUCCUAUAA